GAUUUGGACCCAACCAAACUGUUCAUGUCCAUGAUCGUACACGACGUGGGCGACCAGAAAUACAUCGACAUAGCUAAGGGCGAAACGCCGGAGUCCAAGACGAAGCAUCUGCUGAAGGCAAGUGGUAUCCCCGACCACCUAGCUCAUGAUAUCUGGGUCAUCGCGAAUGGCGUAUCCUUCUCAGCCGAAAGGAGGGAUCCGGAUAGGGUACGGGAACUCAUAAAGCUGCAUCCUGAGCUCGCAAUUGUGCAAGACGCCGACCGGCUAGAUAGCCUAGGCUUCGUCGGCAUUGCCCGUUGCUUCACCUUUGGUGGUCAUCAUGAAAAGCGCAAAUACGGCACGUUCGACAAGGCAGCCCAGCACAUCAUCGAGCGGUUCAUGCAGUAUUUGCCUAUGAUGAAAACGGAGUCCGGGAAGAAGGAGGCUUGGGCACGUUGGCCGGAGAUGGAGCUUUUCUGGAAGAUGUUUCAGAAAGAGACGGAUGUAUCGACGGUGCUG